AUGCUUCUUCCUACUUCAAUAACAACAGCAGCAGAAGCAGCAGCGACAAAAAAACCUUUUUUUUUUUUGUCAAUCUUUUCUUUUUUUUUUCCAUCUUUUUCAAUUUUUCUUUCAAGAAGUCUUUCUCAAAAAACCAUCCUUCCUUUCUUUUCCUUUUUUUUUAAAUUUUUGUUUCUUUUUUUUUUUUUCCUUUAUUUUUCAGAUUUCUGUUUGGGUUUUCGGAAUCCAUUUUUUUUCUUUUUUUCAUUUCUUUUCUUUUUUCAACCAAUCUUUCUUUUCUUUCCGUCUUUUUCAAUCCAUCUGUCUUUCUUUUUUUGGUUGUUUUUUCUUUACAUUAUUUCUUUCUCUUUCUGUUUUUCUUUCACUUUCUUUCUUUUUUUUUCUUUUUUUUCCAAAUUUCUUUAUUUUUCUGUUUCAAUCAAUCAAUCUUUCAUUUUUAUUUAUUCUUCUUUCAAUAGGUUUUUUUCAUUCUUUAUUUUUUCCUUCUUUGUUUUUCUUUCUUUUUUUUUUCUUUCUUUUCUUUCUUUUAUUUUAAUAAAUGAAACCUUUUUUUCAAAAUUUUCUUUAAUAACAAUUUUUUACUCUUUCUUUCCUUCUUUUUUUUCCUUCCUUCUUCUUUUCUUUCUUUUCUUCUUUUCUUUUUUUUCUUUCUUUUUUUCUUUCUUUCUUCUUUUUUUCUUUCUUUCAAUAUUCUUUUCUUUUUUUCUUUCUUUCUUUCUUUGUUUUCUUUUUCUUUCUUUCUUUUUAAAAUUUCAAUUUUCUUUCUUUUUUUUUCUUUCUUUUUUUCUUUCCUUUUCUUUCUUUCUUAUAGGAAGAGUCUUUCUUUUUUUCUUUUCUUUCUUUUUUUUCCAUAUCUUUCCCAUUUCUUAUUUGCAAAGAGUUCUUCUUUCUUUUCAUUGUCUUUCAUUUUUUUACAUUUGGCUUUUUCAUCUUUAUUUGAACAAAAAUGUUUCUAUUUUUUUUCUUUUUUUUCUUGAUUUAUUUCUUUUCAUUAACAUAUUUCUAUUUUUUCAUUCUCUUUUUAUUUCUUUCUCCAUUUUCUUUCUUUCUUUGAAAAAAUUCUUUCCAGAUAUUUAUAUAUAUCUAAUCUAUAUCUUUCUUUCUUUUUGUUAUUUUUUUUAUUCUUUCUUUCUUUUGUUAUUUAAAUUUCUUAUCUUUCAUUUCUUUUCUAAAAUAUAA